AUGUGGAGAGUCCAAAGAGGAGAAGAUGAUUGGGCACUUGUAACUUUGUUGGAGAACAAAUCCAAGACCCAAGAAAGUACAAGAAGGCAAUGGAGAAGGAAGCUAGGCUUGAGCAAGCUCUUCAAGCUAGAGUGUAGUGAGUACUCACUACAAGGAGUUCCUCUCCACAGUAGCUCUUGCCUUUCCCAACAACAAUGGAGACCAACCAGCUGCCAUUCGCUAUGUGCACCGCCUCAUCUCCACCACUUUCAAUGCAAACAAGAAGCCAACAAGGUCACAACUGAUGAGUUCUACAUCCUCACCACACCAUUCAUCAAGCAUGAGUACAAGGCCAACCUUGGUCUUUUGUUUGCCAAGACACUUAUCAAUGUGAGGAAUCUAGCUCAAGACUUGGAAGGCAACAAGAAGCUUUGUCAAAUCCACUUCCUAAACCGUUGGACUCAAAACCCAACCAAGUUUUGCUAUGAGUUUCCAAUUGGACCAACCAACACUUCGCUUGUCUUGCUGCCACAUGAAGAUAUCCCAAGCCUACGCUCAGGUGUUGUCACUUUCCAGCCCAAGGAGGAAGACUUCUAUGUUCCAUCAAGUGAGAAACCAUCAUUCCCCAUCCUCACCUAUCGCACACUUCAGCGCACAGUCAAGCUCAACGCCGCCACCAAGAACGCCAUGUUCUCACCACUGGCAUGGCGAACCAAGCUCUAG